AGUCUCCAAUCGAAGAAGAAAUGGGAGAAGAGAAGGAAGCCACGUCGAGUUCACUCAGCGAAGGACUCGCUCCCCAUGACCCGGACGACGUCCCCAAAUCCCCUCCUCACUCACCCAAUUCCUCUACGCGCAAGGCCUGCUAUGCUGUUCUACAGAGCUGGGUUUCUAAGAAGUUCAUGACAGGAUGUGUGGUACUCUUUCCAGUUGCUGUUACAUUUUUAGUGACAUGGUGGUUUAUUCAGUUUGUUGAUGGUUUCUUCAGUCCAAUAUUUGCCAGGCUUGGCAUUGACAUAUUUGGUGAGACUCCAAAGUACUAAAUGUUAUCCUAUUCUGAUAUUUUGAUCCAUAGCAAGCUAUUUUUGGUCUAUAAUUUUCAAUUUGCUGGUUAUCUAAUUGGGAUGCUAAUCUUAUUGUCCUGGUUAUGUUCAUUCCCUGUUCUGGUGCACUUGGGGUGAAAUUUUCCUGCUUUUGUUUUCCAUAAUUCCUCUAAAGUCUGCAUGUGAUCCUUAUCUCUUUUUGUGCCUACAUCCUUGCUUAUUUUGAACUGAAAUGGUUUGUUUGCAGGACUUGGGUUCAUUACAUCCUUGCUUUUCAUAUUUUUUGUUGGCAUAUUUGCGUCAUCAUGGUUGGGUUCCACCGUUUUCUGGCUUGGGGAAUGGUUCAUAAAGCGCAUGCCCUUUAUGAAGCACAUAUACUCUGCCUCCAAACAAAUUAGUGCAGCUAUUUCUCCAGAUCAAAAUACCACUGCUUUUAAAGAAGUCGCAAUUAUUCGCCACCCUCGUCUUGGUGAAUAUGCAUUUGGUUUUAUCACAUCUUCUGUUAUCCUUCAGACGGAAAAUGGAGAUGAAGAGUUAUGCAGUGUUUAUGUCCCAACUAACCAUUUAUAUAUCGGGGACAUAUUUCUUGUCAAUUCUGAGGAGAUCAUAAGACCGAACUUGUCAAUUCGAGAAGGCAUAGAGAUUAUUGUUUCUGUCGGUAUGACAAUGCCACAAGUAAUAUCUCCUAUGCAAAGGAUUUCUUAUCAGGGCAAUCGGAUUCCUCUAAACAGAAUGAUAUGAAAGUUCAGAAGACAAGUGAUUUCUGCAACUCUUAACAUAUCCCCACCCCACAACAUAUGCACGCGGCACACAUUGAUACAAGCACCAUUCUGAUUAUAUUUAACCUAAGAUGUAUCUUGAUGAUAUGGGGAAUCAAUUAUUUAGAGAAAAGAAAGAAGGUUGCUAAAUGAGUGUGUUUUUCCUUGCAUCAGGUUUUGAAAAGGUAACUAGGUUCUUGCUUAGGUAACUUACAUCCAGAAAGGUUAAACCAUCAAUGAUCGUGGAAGAUCACCAAUUCAAGCACAAACUUGCUGAUGGGAAGCCUGUCUGUAUUUUCUACAGUUGUAACCCCUUUUUUUCAUUUUCCUGCCUACCUUUGUACCAACAACAAAUUGCUUAUGUGUAAAAAGAAAGAAAUACCAAAGAAUGUUCUAUUUUCUCCAACCUUGUAUAAAGCUGGCAGUUGACACUAUGCAACUCAAAGGAUACAGAAUUACCUUUUUCAAUUUUAAUCAUAUCGAAUGAUACAU